AUGGGUUGGGUUGAGAAAACGAAUAUGGUCGUGGCCAGGAGUGCCAUAGGGCGGCAUUUCAGAUUAGAAUUCUCUGGACAUCCUCGUGAGAGGAGAGGCUCGAGGUUCAUGACCGAAAUGAGAGCUGGUCUUGCUACAUUCUUUGCAAUGGCAUAUAUCAUCUCAGUGAAUGCUUCCAUAGUUGCCGCAUGUGGUGGGACGUGUAUAUGUCAACCAAACAACCUGUUUUCAGACGAUAAGUACUGCCAAAAUAACAACAACCCUUCAACAGUAACAUACAACAACUGUAAACUCGAAAUAAAUCGAGAUCUGGUUACUGCAACAGCGGCGAUCUCAUGCCUGACAAGUUUCUGCAUGGGACUCUUCGCAAAUAUGCCUAUUGCCUUGGCUCCUGGGAUGGGACUCAAUGCAUACUUCACAUAUCAGGUGGUUGGACCCAAUGGAUCUGGUGUCAUAUCAUACCGUCUGGCUCUUACUGCCGUUUUUGUCGAGGGGCUCAUCUUUGUUGCAUUGUCCAUUCUCGGCCUUAGACAAUGGCUGGCUCGGACGAUUCCUCGAAGUCUCAAAAUUGCCAGCGGCGCUGGAAUUGGUCUAUACCUCGCCCUCAUUGGACUCACCUACGAUGCUGGUAUCGGCGCAAUUACAGGCGGAGGAGGCACCAGCGAGCCUAUUGCACUCGCUGGAUGUGUACACAAACUCAUCAAUCCCAACACAGGAGCUUGCGAGUCUCACAAGAUGCGAAAUCCUACAUUGUGGCUUGGCGUAUUUGGAGGAGGUAUCCUCACAGCAUUUCUGAUGAUGUAUCGAGUAAAAGGUGCCAUCAUCGCCGGAAUACUUUUUGUAUCGGUCAUCUCCUGGCCCCGAGAUACCACCAUAACCGCCUUUCCACGAACUGAUAGCGGCGACUCAUCCUUUGAGUUCUUCAAGAAGAUUGUAACAUUCUAUCCAAUCAAAUAUACUCUUGGCGUCCAAGACUGGGCCAUGGUCGGCUCGAACGCAGGCCAGUUCGCCAUUGCUCUCGUCACGUUCUUGUACGUUGACAUUCUCGACUGUACUGGAACACUCUACUCCAUGGCUCGCUUCUGCGGUGCUAUGGACGAAGAUACGCAGGACUUCGAAGGUAGCGCUGUCGCCUAUCUCGUCGACGCGAUGGGUAUCACAAUCGGCUCACUCUUUGGCUGUCCUCCCGUAACGGCCUUUAUCGAAUCCGGAGCUGGUAUCUCAGAAGGCGGCACAACAGGUAUAACCGCAUGUGUGACUGGCCUCUGUUUCUUCAUAUCUAUAUUCUUUGCCCCAAUAUUCGCCAGUAUACCUCCCUGGGCCACAGGCUGCACACUCAUCCUCGUUGGAGCGAUGAUGGCUCGCGCCUGCACCGAGAUCAACUGGAGGUACAUCGGGACUCGAUCCCUGCUUUCCUCACCAUGGCACUUAUGCCCUUCACAUACUCCAUCGCCUACGGUCUCAUCGUCGGUAUUGUCACAUACGCCAUCCUAA